AAACUGUUGCUCCCCAAACAUUUGGCGGACCUCUGCUUUGGUUGCUAUGCCAAGUUGUCUUCACUCUGCUCCGCUUACUCCGGUCAGAUCAACUCUCGGCCUCCGUCGCAUCUUCUCCUUCAAACAGUCAAUUGCUGAGUCAGAUAUGGCUGCUAACUCCGUCCGCGUCGCCGCCGCUCAGAUGACCUCUGUCAACGACCUUGCAUCCAAUUUCGCCACCUGCUCACGCCUUGUCAAAGAAGCUGCCUCAGCAGGGGCUAAAAUGCUUUGCCUGCCGGAAAACUUUUCUUAUAUUGGCCUUAAGAGUGGAGAAGGUCUCACGAUUGCAGAACCUUUAGAUGGACCCAUCAUGCAAAAAUAUUGCUCUUUGGCAAGGGACUCUGGUAUUUGGUUAUCACUUGGAGGCUUCCAAGAAAAAGGGCUUGAUGAUGAGCACUUGCGUAACACACAUGUUAUAAUCGAUGAUACUGGGAAUAUUAGAAGCACAUACCGCAAGAUACACCUGUUUGAUGUAGAUGUUCCUGGUGGAGCAGUAUACAAGGAAAGCAGCUUUACUGAACCAGGGAAAGAUAUUGUUGCAGUGGAUAGUCCCAUUGGGCGUUUAGGUCUCACAGUUUGCUACGAUUUGAGAUUCCCAGAGCUCUACCAGCAGCUAAGAUUCCAACAUGAUGCACAGGUUAUCUUGGUACCUUCAGCUUUCACCAUGGUAACUGGUCAAGCACAUUGGGAAAUUCUUCUUCGCACUCGUGCAAUUGAGACUCAGUGCUAUGUCAUAGCAGCUGCACAAGCUGGAAAGCAUAGUGACAAAAGAGAAAGCUAUGGUGAUACUUUAAUAAUUGAUCCGUGGGGAACAGUAGUUGGUCGACUACCUGAUCGAGUGUCAACUGGGAUUACUGUAGCUGAUAUCGAUUUCUCAUUGAUUGACUCAGUGAGGACAAAGAUGCCAAUUGCAAAGCAUCGGAAACCCUUUGACUUCUGGAGACCUGCAUCCCUAUGAUGUUGAAGAUAGUAUGGUUUUGCAUCCUCCAUGAUCGAGAUCUUUUCCGGAGCCAGAUUGAAUUCUUUUUGUACUCUAAAAACACUCAGAGGGUCCAUUCUGAAGGAUAAUAAAGUAAUUAAUAGAAUGACAGCUGUGUCUUCCUCAAACUGCUAAUAUGGUUACUGCCUGAUGUAUACCUGUUCUAUUGCAUUUGAAGGAAUAACGUGCCCUGCUCUUCUUUCUCAAAGUAAGCUGCCUGAUACUGCUGCGAGUGCUCACUUUUUGAUAAAAAGUUAUUUAUGAU